GCUGGGGGCAGCGUGGCUGGCGGGCCCAGCCCGCGGGCAGAAUGAGACGGAGCCCAUCGUGCUGGAGGGCAAGUGCUUGGUGGUGUGCGACUCCAACCCCACGUCCGACCCCACGGGCACGGCUCUGGGCAUCUCCGUGCGCUCCGGCAGCGCCAAGGUGGCUUUCUCUGCCAUCAGGAGCACCAACCACGAGCCGUCCGAGAUGAGUAACCGCACCAUGAUCAUCUACUUCGACCAGGUACUAGUGAACAUCGGGAACAACUUUGAUUCAGAACGCAGCACUUUCAUCGCCCCGCGCAAAGGGAUCUACAGUUUUAACUUCCACGUGGUAAAAGUCUACAACAGACAGACCAUCCAGGUGAGCCUCAUGUUAAACGGGUGGCCGGUGAUUUCAGCCUUCGCUGGUGACCAGGACGUGACCCGGGAGGCCGCCAGCAACGGAGUCCUGAUCCAGAUGGAGAAAGGCGACCGAGCAUACCUCAAGCUGGAGCGAGGGAACUUGAUGGGGGGUUGGAAGUACUCGACCUUCUCGGGAUUCCUCGUGUUUCCCCUCUGACUGGCUCAUCGCAGGAAUGGAGGCAGGGAGAGGGCGAAGGCAGGAGGAAGGCAGGAGGGGGAAUGAGAAAGAGGCUGAAAUUUAGAGGACGACAAGGCGGCACGACUUGAAAUUUCCUACACGUUCCCCAGCUGUAUCCGGGUAAAAGUGCGCGCCGGCGGGCGGUUGGACAACUUCGUCCGUUUCCUCGUUACAAGUCAAUUCCGCUUAGCUCUGCGCACUCCCCUUUCCGAAAAUUAACUCACCUCCCCCAUUCCAGUCGCAGUAAUGAAGGAAGAGAGACUGCCUUGUCAUUGUUUCUUUCCCCCAUGUUCAUGUUCCCUACAAUUUAUAUAAAAGAAAUUUUGUAUUUCACUGUAUAAUGUGAAAUAUCUUCCUCCUCAGUUCCCCUCUGAAUCUUUCCACCUGCUGAAAUCUAAUAUGCCCAUCCCCCUUUUUUUUAGUUUGGAGAGGGUGUAAGUUUUUUUUUUUUUUUUUUGGAUGGGGGAGGUAGUUUUAAUUUGGCAAGUAUUGCUCUUCUUAAAACACUGCUCCAGAGUUAAUUAGCUGAAGAUACUUUGUGUCUUCGGCUGCUUGCUAGCAGAGAAAAGGACUCACCUUAGUGGUGACUGGUUUAACAUUAUAUAUAUAAAUAAAUAUCAUUUGUACACAAAGAACUCUUCCCAGUGGAAACUGGCCGUAUUUCCGUAUUUCUAUGUCCUAUUCGGAGUGAUCGUGAAAUCUAAGGCUGCUUGGUGUCUGAUGCUUGUCCCUGCCCCCGUGUUCUGUGGCUCCACCAAACGCCAGGAGGCUCUUCCGGACGCUUCCUCGUCGUCUGUAACAUACGUGUCAAUAGCCAAGAUUUAAUUUUGCUUUAAUCCAAUAAAGUUGAAGUGGGACUUUUAUUUUUCUGAAACAUCUCUCUAAACUCCGCAUCUUCCCUGGCUGCGAGGUUUGCGGGCGGGGUGCGGAAGGGUGAGGUUCAGAGGUGCCGGAGACUUGGUAGAACGUGACCUGAGCGAGAGAGGCCGGGGCGCGAGGGCUUCCCCGCGAAGCCGGCUGCGCUCCUUCCUGCGCCAGGCCCAGAGCCAGCUCUGUGUUCGUCUGUGCUCCCUGCUUUGGCGCAAACGUAAGAAAUUUUGGCCGAAAUCUUGCUAGGCCAGGCACGGCCGCCCGCCUGGAAGUGAAGUUUGGGUUUUUCGAAGUCCAAAUGCAUCAGGAAUACGUAGUCCCAAUUAGAGGAGCCGAAACCAGCCUGCCCUGAGCGGCACGCUUCCCACGCCUUUGCCCUGGAUUUCCCCCACCGGCCGCUCCACAGUUCCCGAAGCAGCAUAUGUUUUCUAUCACCGCCUCUCAAUCCGGAGUCCGCCCACCGUGUCACCCGGGGGACCCAGGACCUGUGAUUGCGCUCGUCGCAGGACUUUUAUUCAAGAGGUUCGUCCAGGAGUUUUGAUUGUAUCGGAACGUAAUGUGAAAACAAAAUUGAAAUAAACGACUUCGUUUUAA